AUGAAAUUUGAUACAUUUUAUGCAACGGUAAAUGAUUGGGGUUAUUAUCAAAAAAUAAAAUUUUUCAUUAUUUGUCUCGCUAAUAUGGUGCCACCACUUAUAUUUUAUACAUGGUCAUUUACUGCAGCAACACCGGAUUUUCGAUGUAGUCUUCCAUUGGAAUCUGAUGCGUAUAAUUCUCAAAUGAAUCACCUCUAUGAUACAACAUAUAAACCAACAAUAGACGAUUGUGCUACGCAUCAAAAAUUACUGUCAUUAAAAGAAUGUCAACGAUGUUUCAUAAGAAUUGCUACACAUAAUACAACGUCUAUUAGUAAACUUCAUAAGUGUCAAGAUUAUGUAUUCGAUCGAUCGAUCUAUAAGAAGACAUUAGUUGAAGAGUGGACUAUGGUUUGUGAUCGAGUUCUUUAUCGUACAGCUGUUCAAGUUGCCUAUUUUAUUGGUGUCAUGGUCGGUGCAGUUUUUUUCGGUAGCAUGGCCGAUAAGUUUGGUCGUCGACCGAUCAUGAGUAUCUGCUUCGUAAUAUUGGCUAUCGUAUCUUUUAUUUCAACUUUUUGUCCACAAGAUGUAUUCGGUACGGGAUAUUCUCAUUUAUUUUUUCUCAUAGCACGGUUUUUACUCGCUUGUUCAACACGUGGUAUUAGUGAAUCAGGAUUUGUCCUAAGUUCAGAAUUAGUUAGUCCAAGAAAACGUGUUAUGGCCGGUGCAGUAAUGACUUAUUUCUAUGCUUUUGGUCAAUUAUGGCUUGUACUUUUUGCUUAUUUCAUUCGAACAUGGAGAAUGUUACUAUUAACUACAUCAUUUCUGAUGUUACCCUAUUGUUUGUUUUAUCUUUUUUUACCUGAAAGCCCUCGAUGGUUAAUUAGUAAAGGACGAUUCAGUGAAGCGGAAAAGGUUCUACGAACUAUUGCGAUAGAAAAUAAACAAAAAUUUAGUCAUGAAGCUUAUGAACAAUUUAAAGCAACACAAAAUAGAGAUCGUCAUGGAACAGUGCCUCAUGCUGGUAUUUCAAGUCUAUUUCGAUUCAAAAUUACAGCUUUUAUUACUCUAAAUCUCUUUUUUCAAUGGUUCGCUCAAAAUAUCGUCUAUUAUGGAGUUUCACAGAGUACAGGAUCCUGGCAAGUCGAUCCAUAUCUAUCAUUUUGUAUCAGUGCAGCGGUCGAACUACCAGCCUUUAUGGUCAUUCAACUCUUACUCGAUCGAGUAGGACGAAAAAUACCAUACUGUUCAUUUGCUGCGUCUUUCGGGAUUAUUGCAAUGCUCGUUCUACCUGUUCAAACAUACAUGGGUGCUUAUAAAGAUGCUCAACGUAUAAUAGUGUUUAUAAUCAAUAUAUUGUUGAAAUUUUGUGGUUCUCUUACUUUUCUUAUUAUUUAUAUACUUACUACGGAACUUCUACCGACAAAUACACGAACAACAGGAAUGGGAUAUUCGUCCAUGAUCGGUCGAUUAGGAGCCAUUAUGGGAACAUUUUGCAAUGAUUAUCUAACACGUAUUUGGAGUAAUUUUCCUAUUGUACUUUACGGAGUCAUUUCACUUAUUGCUGCCGGUUUGGCUAUAACAUUUCCUGAAACAUUAAAUCGUCCAUUACCACAAACAUCCGAAGAAGUCCAUCGAAUGGGUCUCGCAUUUGGUUUACUAUCCGACAAUAAGUCAAAGAAUAAAUAUGACGAUGAUGAUGAUGAACCUGCUGCGCAAAUAUUAACAAUCAAUGAGGAUAAUGAGAAACAGAAAUCAGUAGAAAAUAUAAAUGGUAAACCCUAA